GAAAAUGUUUCGAGUAUCGAGAUCUCGAAACCCACUCGAUAAAAAUUCUCGCUCGCUCGAUAGGCUUCUCGAAACGCGCUUCGCGUUACUCGAUACACAAGAAUUUUGCGAGAAGCGAGAAAUCUCGAUGCAAACAUUCUCGAGAACUCUCGUAACAAGAAAUCUCGAUGCAUCCAUUCACGAGAAUUCUCGCAGCGCUAUACUGCGUGUAAAAUUUUUCGCAAGAAGUAACGUUGCUUCGCAUGUCCGUGCGAAAACACGGA